UCAUCCUCGGGUGCGCGCGAAGUGGAGCGCGAGUGCGCGCACGUUCACAGACCGGUGUCCUCAGAGAGGGCGGAAUACUGGAACCGGAGCUGAAGCCGCGAGUGAAUGGGGGCGGAGGCGACUGGGAUGUGAUAUCCCACCGAGGACAAGAAAAGAUCGGAGCCGACUUCAUCCCCGAGACUCCCCCCCGACCUGGAACAGACUGGGGCUUCAAGGAACCCUGGAUUCAAGCGACUUGGUAGAACCAAUGCCCCAAUUAUCUCAUGGAAGAAAAGAUCCAGGUCAGAGGCUCCCCCGGUUCCAAGCUUCCGAAGUUCAAUGGCGCCAAGCCGCUGGGGAGCUUCCUGCAGAGGACCCCCAACGGGGCGCACCUCGCUUUGUCGGGGAAGCCCGGCUUUCCUAAGGCAGAAAGACACGACGUGGAGUUCGCCCUGAACUGGGCGAAGCAGAAGCCCCCGCACAAUGAGCAGAAAGACCGCCCCGUCUUCGACAAAAGAAUCCCCCUGUCCCAUGCGCCGGACAGAGACGGACCCAGGUUCGGCGGGCCGGCGAAAGUUGCCGGGAAGCAAAGCAACCUGUUGGCGUCGAAUAAGGAGGACCUGAACGAGAACCUACUGCCCAACGCUGCUAAAUUCACCAGGGGUCCGUUUCUGGGGCGGACUUCCUACUCGGCGCUCAACGGCUGCAAGACGCAAGCCAACGGGUUCUACUCCGGUAAGCCCCCGGUAGGGUUACAGCGGCCCAGGGCCAAUUCUGCCACGUCCAGGAACUUCACCGGGAGGGCGACGGCGAAUUCUGCCGACCACCCGAGGUCCUUCUCCCACGUGAGAAGGUCUCAAAGCUUUUCCCACUCUAUUCAGAACUCUCUCCUUCCACCGGGACCUCUCACCAGAUCAUAUUCCUUCAACCGAGAGGCGGAUCUCACGAGACCUUACGAGACGCAGCAGGUACCCGUCCGAGCGGCCCCCAAACCCAACCUCCUGUCUAGGACUUCGAAACAGUACGACGUACCCAACGACAACGAGCCCCCGGGAAAAUCUAGCUUCACGCGCGCCUUUCCCGCAAGGCCACAUCCCGGCCUGAAGAAUGCCGCUGUGGCCAACGGAUCGGCCAUGGCUUUCCCUCUGGGCUAUCAAAUGAGCCGUCCGUCUUUACUAAAACCCAACAGAAAGCAGUUUCCAAGGGAGAUAAUCAUUGACGGCACCAGGAGUUCCUCGGUCGCCCCGGUAACGGAAAGAACCGAACGCGGCGGGCCGACGGGCGAGCACCGGCCGGAAAAGAAGGACCUCGACGUCGGCGGUUACCUCCUUUGCGACAACAUCGAGAAGGAGUACUCCAAAGACGAGUGUUUUGGUGACGACCUGGACGACCUCUCCAUCUCCUCUUUAUCGUCUUCCGACAGGAACGACCUCAGCGAAGAUUUCGCCGAUGACUUCAUCGAGCUGGACGACGGCAAUAAAACCGUCAUCGUGGUCCAAGAGUCCGGCAACAGGGUCACCGAAAAGGCCGACGGCGACGAGUACUCCAUGAGCUCCUUCCAAGAUAACAAGAAGUCUACGGUCCCUAAGGGCCAUAACUGGUUAGAACAAAGCGAAACCGAAAGCACCAACAGUCCUUACGGAGAAACCCCGGUGUCGCCGGAUAUGGAGUACCGCGACCCGUCCUCGUUGGAGCUUUCUCCCUCCGAUAGUUCUGACGGGACGUACAUGUGGGACGAAGAGGGCAUGGAGCCGAUCGGCAGCGUCCAUCCGUGCGGGAGCUACGAGUCUUCGGAGAUGAACAGCCUGGACAUUCUGAAUAACCUAGACUCCUGCGACUUAGAAGAUGAUGACCUCAUGCUGGACGUUGAUUUGCCGGAGGACGCGCAGGGCGAUCUGGGCAGUGAGACGAUGAGCCUUUUGGAGCGAAGCGAGCGGAAAGUGCGGCUCCAGCAGCAGGGAUUGUGGAAGAGGCCCCCGCAGCGCCUCGGCGGACAGGAGCCGUACUACCCCCUCAACGCCGAGCGCUAUCACAACGGCCGGGGGUCCGCUUACCUCGAGUCCCCGACAGACCGAGAGAACUACUCCAAAUUCUGCCCCCCGUCCCCCCGCGGCCCCCAGCCAAUGGGCUUCCGGGAAACCACGGUGAUGCUGGACGAGAUGACCCUCCGGCACAUGGUGCAGGACUGCACGGCGGUCAAAACACAGCUACUGAAACUCAAGCGCUUACUGCAGCAGGAGGACGACGCCGGAUCGUUGCCAGACCUCCAGCUAUCGUUCCCCCCCACCCCCGAACCCCAGGAUCCUGGAACCCUCUGGAAGAGCGAGGAGCUGCUGCUAAACGAGAUCCGGCAGCUUAAGGAAGACGCUAAGAAGAAAGACGACAAGAUCCAGCGAUUAGAGGAGCAGCUGAAAGCCGGAUGUAAAUGCCAAAAAGGAGGCCAAGAAGCCAAGAGCGAGAAGCCUAAGCAGCACGACAAGUACACCCAGACCUCGUGCCGGAGGAGUUCAAGUGGGUAUUGCACUCCCUCCUUCUCUCCCUCCUGGCAGGGGAACCCGCGGACUGGUCCGGCGCAUCGCAGGCAGAGAGUCGAGAAAUUAGUCUGUUACUUCUCAGAUAAAGCGUGCCUCAAGUACUACGGCGUUCCACCAGCAACCUCGGUUCCACAGACCACCCUUCGGGAAGAUUAAUGACACCCCCGCAUAUCGGGGUCCCAAGUAAGCAUGGGGACAGAAUCCAGUGUCCGUCUUCGGGUAGCCAGAGUCGGUUUGCUGGAAAAGCCCCCCCAGUCCCUGAGAGCGAGCUGAGUGAAUUAUUGAGUACCCGAUUGAC